UAGAAGAAGGAGAGAGAGAGAGACAGAGAAUCACGAUGGUUGAGUUCAAAUGGAUUCAAAUGUCUUUAUUUCUGAUAGCGCUGCUUCACUUUACAGCAGCAGCUGAAAAACUCCUCUCUGUCAGAGUUGGAGGUGACGUCACUUUGCCUUGUGAUAAUGUGAUUGAUGGUCAGCAAAGAUGUGAAUAUACUACAUGGCUGUUCAGUGCUUCAGGAAACACAGCAGCAGUAGAGCUCUUUGAACUUGGACGGAACAAAGACACCAACUCUAAAUCAGACAGACUGAAUGUUACAGCGAAGUGUUCUCUGGUUAUAAAGAAGGUCACAGUCGAGGAUGUUGGUCGUUACACCUGCAGACAGUUUAUAUCAGAACAACAACAAGGUCCAGACUCUGUGGUUUAUCUGUCUGUUAUUACCAUGACUGAACAUAAGGACUCUGAUAAGGUGACAUUAAGCUGCUCUGUGUCGACAUAUGAACGAUGUACACACACAGUGAAGUGGCUGAAUGAGGGUCAAGAUCUGGAUAAAGAUAACCAAGAAGUGAAGACAUCACAGUCUCCCUGCAAUGUCUCUGUGACCUUUAAGACUUCUCAUUUCAUUGACACAUCAAACUCUAACUCAUUGAAGUGUGCAGUGACUGAUGGUAACAAAGAGCAGCAGUUUCCCUUCAGACUUCAGCCCUCAGCUGAGAAACCAGGUGAGGACACAACAACAACAACAACAACAACAACUGAUAAUGCUUCAACAGAACUAAAAGGUGAGGACACAAUACCAACAAGAACAACAACAAAACCAAAAACAACAACUGAUAAUGCUUCCACAGAACUAAAAGGUGAGGACACAACAACAACAACAACAAAACCAACAACAACAACAACAACAACAACAACAACUGAAAAUGCGUCAAUGGAACUAAAAGGUGAGGACACAACAACAACAACAACAACAACAACUGAUAAUGCUUCAACAGAACUAAAAGGUUGGUGGUGGGUGUUCCUCAUUGUGGCUGUGGUUUUAGCUGCACUUUUAAUAAUAGUUGUGAAAGUCAUCAGAUGGAAGAGAACUAAAGGGAAGAAAACACGGAUGAAUGACAAUGUUGGACUGACCUCAAACCCUGCAGUGACUCAGUCUGCUCCAGAAACCAGUCAGGACACAGCUGAUCCUGAAGAUGGUGUUUCCUACGCCUCCAUCAGCUUCACCAAGAAGACCAACAGUAAAGGCCGGGUUCGGGAUAAAGACGAUGAUGAUGAUGAUGAAGCAGUGACCUACGUCACUGUGAAAGCUUCCUCUUCUUCUGCUGGAGCCUCUGCUGAUCCCAGCAACCUCUACGCCACCGUCAACAAACCAAACAAAUAAGAGACCACAGUAUAGUUACAGCUCAUAUCAUCACACUUAUUUUACAUUGAUAACUGAUACUGAUAAAUGUUUGACUGUGUUUCUGUAUUAGAUGAUCAUUUUAAGGAUUUAUUGCUGUAAAAAGCCUUUUUGUCCAGAAGGGGCAGUAGUAGGUUAACUAGUAGCACAAUGUGAAAAGCAGAAGCAAAAACCAGUGGAGAAAGACAAUCUUUGACUUCAGUCCAAGUAAUAAUACCACAGUGUGCAAAUACUCCUAUAACAGUCCUGCAUUCACACCUUACUUCAGUAUAAGCAUAAAUAUUAUCAGCAACAUAUACUUCAAAGGUAAUACAUUAUACAGUAAAAUUGUCUCUGUCAGUGUUUAACUAUUAUAUAUUAUUAUAUUUGUGAAUAACAUAACUGCUUCAUUAAUGUGUGUGAUGCUUUUUACUGGUGUAGAUAUUUCAGGUUGUGCUCAUUUUAACCCUUUUAUAUAAUGUUGGCUAGUUUAAUCUACAGCAAUGCAUCACAUCAUAUUCUAUAAAUUCAUCAUAUGUUUAUAUUGUGUUUUUCUUGAUGAACUCUGUUUUAGUGUUCACUGUUAUUUUUGUAUCACCUGUUAUUGUUUGAUAUUCAGUAAUUUUAACAUCUAUAUCUCUGUUCAGGAUCUUCAUGAUGUUCUGGUAUGAAAGUAAUUAAAGCAAACUAAGUGGAAGUGGGACAACGCUCA